CUGGUUCUUCUUACUCGCAGCUUCGCCUUCCUCCACACCGCUCUCUCUCUCUCUCUCGGUGGAUUUUAUGUCAUUGUAGUUUUAAAACUGGGUUUGAAAUUGGUAAAGAAGUAUUUUGGGGUAGUUAAAGGAUGGGUGUGGAGAAUUACCAUGUAAUUGAACUUGUAGGUGAAGGGUCAUUUGGAAAGGUAUACAAAGGAAGAAGAAAAUAUACUGGCCAGACCGUUGCGAUGAAAUUUAUUAUGAAACAUGGGAAAAGUGACAAGGAUGUUCAUAAUCUAAGACAGGAAAUAGAGAUCCUACGAAAGCUGAAACAUGAAAAUAUCAUUGAAAUGCUUGAUUCCUUUGAAAGCCCUCAAGAGUUUUGUGUUGUCACCGAAUUUGCACAAGGUGAAUUAUUCGAGAUUCUUGAAGAUGACAAGUGCCUUCCUGAAGAGCAAGUUCAAGCAAUUGCAAAGCAGUUGGUGAGAGCGUUGCAUUACUUGCAUUCUAACCGUAUAAUCCAUCGUGACAUGAAGCCUCAGAAUAUUCUAAUCGGAAAAGGGUCUAUUGUUAAGCUUUGUGAUUUCGGGUUUGCACGAGCUAUGUCUAUGAAUACUGUUGUUUUGCGAUCCAUAAAAGGCACUCCUCUGUAUAUGGCUCCAGAACUGGUACGAGAACAACCGUACAACCACACGGCAGAUUUGUGGUCACUGGGUGUCAUACUGUAUGAAUUAUAUGUUGGCCAGCCUCCAUUUUACACGAAUUCUGUAUAUGCACUCAUUCGGCACAUUGUUAAGGAUCCAGUUAAAUAUCCUGACAGCAUAAGUGCGGAAUUUAAAAGUUUCCUCAAGGGAUUGCUCAAUAAGGUACCACAAAAUCGAUUGACAUGGCCCACUCUUCUUGAACACCCUUUCAUAAAGGAUUCGUCAGAUGAACCAGAGUCCAGGCCCCCCAAGGAAAUAUUUCCUCCAGAGGCUAAAGACUGCAAGGCAGCAUGCACAAAUGGAAGAAGCACAAUUCAUACAUCAGCUGGUGAAAAGAACUCUCCAAAUUCCUCAGAGAAAAGUAACGGGCUGAUCUGUCAAAAAGAGGCUCAAUUUAAUGUUCCUGACUCUACCAUCGACAAUUCUUCACCACAAGAGGACUUCCCAGGAUUUGCAAGUCCUAAUGAUGUUAAACCAUCAGGUUGCCAGACAUUGGACAGAUUAGAGAAUAACUCUCGCACAGUCAAAGGGGCACAAAUGAUUGGUCAAGAUAAUAAAGCAUUACUACUUGUUUUACAACCACUGAAAGGAUGGUCUAAGGGAUCUCAAAUUCCUUGCAAGGAUCAAGACAUUCUUUUGUCAAACCAGUCGCUAAGAAUUCUCUCAAACUUAGUGGCAGCUGGUGCCCUCCGUUCAAAUGGACUGCUUGAUGAGAUAAUACAUGAGCUUCUUCUUUUCAUAGAACAUGCUGUUUGCUUGAAAUCAUCUGAACUUAUUGACUUAAUAGCAAAGAGUUUCUCAAUCAUCAAAAUUUUGGUAGACAGCAGAGGAAGGGGCAUUACAGGUUCAUGCUUCAGGCAGUGGGUUUCAUUAACAGAAACUUUUGCAAAGGUUGUUGCUUACAAAGAAGAUGCCUAUGGAAAAGUUCUGUAUGAAUCCACUGCUUGCAUUACUGUCAUGUUAGCUUCAGUUGCUGAAGGCCUAAAAGCAUUUUCUCCCGGCUCAGGUUCUGAGACUCCUAAUGAGAUACUCAAACAGAUUCUUGGUCAUGCUAAAACAUGCAGUUUAGUGGAUCUUUUGUGUCUCUGUUUAGCUAUUUCGGGUUCAAGCCUAAUCUCAGUUUCUUCAGAUAAGCUUCGUGCUGCUUGUGAAGCAUGUCGAGCUAUUUGGUCACUGAUUGAAGCAUCAGAAAUUCUUUACACGAAAGAGAAUGCCUAUCGGUUUCCCCUCAGUUGUCUACAAAGUUCUAUGCUCCAACUUGACAAUAGCAACCACGAAGGUUCAUUGUUUGGUAUAGAAUCAGUUAAGAUUGUUGAUGCAGUGACAAAAGUAUUCCUAGGAUCAAAGGCAGUACAGGUUGCUCUUUAUUAUUGCCUUCAACAGCGUCUUGAGGCUUCAUUAUGUGCUGCCAUUCAGCUCUUGUUGAGGUUUUGUCUACAUAGUGCAGUUGUUCCAGGUGCUUUAUGUGGCCUCCCCAGUUCCCUACCUAUAACUACCGUUGUCAGUGGUGGAGGAGAUGGCACCAUUAUUUCAGAGAUAUUCUCUAUAUUAGCUUUUUGUACUUCAUCCUUUAAAAAAGACGCACAAACAAACGAAACAAGUAACACGAAGGGUAAAUUUACCAAACCUGCUGUUCUAGUUCUACAUUCUUGCCUCAUUGUUGCAACAAUUGCUCAGUGUUUCAAGGCAACCGGAAGAAACUCGGCCUUGUUCAUGCUUACAACAUCCCAAAAGAAGCAAGUUGCUCGACUUGCUGUCCUUGCACACUAUUUCUCUUUUGAUGACAAAACAAAAACUUCAUUUCAACCUUAUUGUGCUUCAGCUAUGUUGGCUCUUGCAUCCAUUCUAUCCCUUGAAACUGGGUCAACAGUUGAAACCUCUAUCUCCGAAAUAGGAGUGCCUUUGAUUCCUCGAACUGCUGUACUUUGUGAAUGGCUCCACAUUUCACCAGGCAAUGAAGAUAAAUCUGAUACUCAUACUACAAAUGGUGCCCUCUCAUACUGUCAUGGCCUUAGGGAUGGAUGUGUUGGUUUGUUAGACUGCCGGCUUAGGUGGGGAGGACCUUUAGCUGUUCAAGAGCUGUGUGCAAGUGACAUACCUCUGCUUCUCAUUGAUCUGUUAGCUAAAUCCCCUUCCAAAGCAUCUCCUCAAGGAGUUGAAAGCACAAAAGAUCAAAUUGGGCUAUCUCCACUUGGAGUGGUAUGGACUGUCUCAUCAAUAUGUCACUGUCUUAUAGGUGGAGCUGUGACUUUUCGACGAAUUAUGAAAAUCAAACACAUCAAGCUCAUUUCUAACUUACUAAGCGAUGUGCAUCUCAAGCUUAUAAAGCAGUCAGUCGGGCCUGGAGGAGGCAAAGAAGGCAUAAGAAUUAUAAUUAAUGCCGUUAUUGAUCUAUUAGCAUUUCCUUUUGUUGCUAUCCAGAAUGCCCCAGGCUUGCCAGCAGCCACUGCCUCUGUGAAUAGUGGAUUGCUUCUUAAUAUGGGUUCACCAGGUGGGAGGGUAUGCAUGGAAGACAAGGACAUGGUAAAAGUAAUAGAGGAAGACUUGGGAAAGUAUAUUAAAAUCCUUUUGGAGGUUGGAGUGCCUAGCAUAAUUCUUCGGUGUUUGGAGUAUAUGGAAUUGAAGGAUAUGGGAAGGCCCGUUGCCUUUGUUGCUAAAAUGAUACGCCAGCCACCUCUGGCAGGUCAACUGGUGAGAAAAGGUUUACUGGAUCCAAAUAGGUGGAGAAGAUUGCUCGAUUGUUCAUGCCCAAGAGAAGUCACAUUAGAUGCUCUUAUGAUCAUUUCAGAUUUAGCUCGCAUGCACAAGGGAUUUUAUGAAUACAUCGACAGAGCUUCUGUGUUGGAGUACUUGAAGGAAUUUCUUACUCAUGAAGAUCCCAAUGUACGUUCAAAAGUGUGUAGUGCUCUGGGCAACAUGUGCCGAAACAGCUCCUACUUUUAUGAUUCAUUUGUAAGGCAUCAAAUCAUCAGCCUUCUUAUUGAUAGAUGCUCCGAUCCCGACAAACGCACACGAAAAUUUGCUUCCUUUGCUAUAGGAAAUGCCGCUUACCAUAAUGACACAUUAUAUGAAGAGCUCAGGAGAUCCAUACCUUUUCUUGCCAAUCUUCUGCUUUCAAUAGAAGAGGACAAAACUAAGGCCAAUGCUGCUGGCGCAUUAUGUAACCUUGUUCGCCAUUCCAAUAAGCUUUGUGAAGACAUUAUAUCUAAAGGAGCAAUGCAGGCUGUAAUGAAGUUGGUAGCCGAGUAUUCGGCAUCAGCAGUAGCGCUGAGGCCAGUCCCUGGUCCUGGUGCUGUAAAUGAGUCUCCUCAAAAGGUAGCUCUUAUUGCAUUAUCAAAGAUGUGUGCACACUCACCCUGCAGGCAGUUCCUCCGAUCAUCGGAGUUGUUACCGGUCAUUGGAAAGCUCCGACAAUCCCCGGAACAAGAAAUUGCCAAAUAUGCCUCGGACAUCACAGCCAAAUUUUCAAAUGGUUAAGUAAAUUUCAUCAUUUGAUUCAUCUGUUUACAGUCCUUUUAGAGUUAUGAGAUUCUUAUUCUUUUCACGCUUCAGCAACUGCCCUGGUUGCUGGAAAUCAGGCCUUAAAGGGUAGUAGUCCUUUUCAAAUUAGUGCACAAGCUCAUCAUGAGAUUCUCAACCCUUUUUCCUAAAAAUCUAGUCUUUUCUAGUGUACUUUUUCUUUGGAUGCCCGAAGCCUAAGUAAUUGACUAUCACGAGUCACAUUCGCAACACUGAUUUGUUUGGUCAGCUCUUAAAUGGGGUAGUAAAAUCCCAUGUGCAAUAUUCAGUGUCAUUUCGAGGGUCUAAGGACAACUUCAACUACAAAAUUCAUUUCGGUGUUUGUUCAA